CCUCUCUCAAGUCUAGAGGGUUUUCGAACUGGCCGCAUCCUUUUUCAACCCCCCACCCACCACGCAACAAAAAAAAGAAAAAAAGAAAAAGAAAAAUUGUGAUUCAAUUAGAUGACGCGUCUUUUCUUCUGCACUACACUCUUGAUGAUGGAUAAUGUUGCUGAUGAUGAAAUCGAAUUCUGGAUUGGGAGGUUUUGGAAAAUAAGUAAGAAAAUAUGUGAGACGACAUCGGCUAAUCGCAGAUCAAAGCUAUACGACCACUUUUUAGGAUCUACUCCUUAUGCUCGGAUCGAGCAUAAGUAUUUGAGUGAAAACCUGAUUUUCAGAGGAACCGAGAGACCAUUCUUUGGGAAUGAUUCAUCCACCGCGCCAACCAUUGGGAUUAGCCCGAUAUCGAUUCCUGACAUAUCUAGCUUGCCUCGGAGUGACGGACUCGCAGCCACCGGGACUGAUUCUCUUAUGACUCCUGGCAUUCCUCAGAUGCCUACGGAUGAUGUACCUACAGGCCCAGCCGCUUGGGCCGAUACUCUUAUGACUCUUGGCAUUCCGGCUGCGUCUGAGGACGGGGGGAUUGCAGACAAUCAUCAUGAUGGAUUUGGUGAUGACGAGAUCCAAAACGAGUCUUUCGUGGGAUCUUCUCAAUCGGAGAUUGAAUGUCUCCGUCCAUGGACUGAAGCAGUAAAUUCCAUCCCCUUACCAGAAAAGGCUAUCACAUUGCAAAAGAAAUACGAUAGGAACUAUAAAAAGAGGAGAGAUGACAUUAAAAAUAAGGAUCGUAUAAUAAAGUAGAGACUAGAAAAGGCGAUGUCAGAUUAGUUGAGGGAAAUGAGGAACAAGGACUACGAGAAGGCUGUUAGGCAUGGCAGUGAUCUAUUUACGAAAGUACCGCCUAAAGGUUAUCGAGCCGUUUUGGGGUGGAUGAGCAACAUUCCAGUUGGAGAUUACGCCGUCAGAUUUAAUAAUUUGAUCGACUGUUUAAUCAGAGACCCACAUUAACAUCGCUCAUAACUUUGAUGAACAACAAUGGAAUGAAAUAAAUAAGAUAUGGGGGGGCUUAUGAAUCACUAUUGCCUUGAGGAAAACCCGGACUCCUGGGAUUACGUAAUGAGUAGAGCGAGCAAGAUGCUUCGGGGGUAGAGGAGUAGACUUAAGAGUCAAUACUUUACAUAUAUAACCAUUGAUUGGAAGCGGAUUCAUCAGCUUGAUAAGAGGGUUCCUCCUUAUAAUUGGAUGACUCAUUAUCAAGUGGGAGGGUGAGAGGAAGGUGAGUUAUUUUUAAUUCAUUAUAUUAUCACCACACAUACUGAAAAAUUACUUUAUUUUGAAGGAUAAAUGUUCGAUAGCAUCGGCUAAUCGCGAUGCAAAGCUAUAUGAUCACUUUCUAGGAGCUACUCCCUACGCUUGGAUCGAGCAUAAAUAUUUGUGUGAAAAUCUGGACGCCUUGACUAUGCCGUCAACUCUUCUUGCUAGAAGAGCAUAUACACCACCCGAGGGCUAUGAUAAGGAGGAAAAGAUGACAAAAAUUAAGGAUAUGCAUGAGGCGCUUGACGCUUCACAAGACUGUCUUGUCCCAGUUUCAGAGCAUAGAGAACACUCCUACCGAUCCUAAUCGCAUGACUAGAGAGCAAUGGAGGGAAAUUGUUGAUGGAGUUUAUGGCUCUAGACCAAUCAAGAAAGGGAGGGUGUCUUUAUCAAGUGCAAAAGUUAGGACAUUCUCGACUAGCAGGAAUAUACAAAGCGACUCGUCCGUGACCUCAAAGCGACCAUGUGAGACAUCGUACACCGUGGCUAAAAUUGGACGGUAUUUAAUGGAUAAUGUUCAACCCUCCAUAUUUUUUUAAUUUAUUCCAAUUAUUAUGCGCGAGCUAGGGGGUGCACAAUCGAUUUGAAGGAGAUUCUUCCUGAGUCGAUAUACUUAGAGAUCUUUAAGUUGGCGUUUGACGAGCAUGAAGUUCAUGGUGGUGGAGAGGUUAGAGGAGGUACUCCCGUAGGGAGCAGCAAUACGAUACGACGUUCUAAUACAGACGAUGCUGAUAACGGGGAUGCCGGCAAUGACGAUGACGAUGAGUGAGUGAGACUUGUGUUAAGACAUAUUAUGACUUUUGAAUUUUACCUAUAUGUAAUAUAUUUGUGAUUUUAUUGUGUAGUGAAUGAAUAUUAUUUGAGCAUGCGAGAUGUAUUGUGAUUGUGAUUAUAUGAAGAGUAUUGUUCGAUAUUGUGGAUUGACGGAUGCAAUUGGAUGAGUAUUCAUUUGGAA